AUGAGCCAGUUUCAGGUGCCCUUGGCGGUCCAGUCGGACCUCCCAGGCCUUUAUGAUUUCUCGCAGGGCCAGGGGAUGGUAGGGGGCUUCCAGGGGCCUGGGCUUCCUAUGGCUGGGAGUGAGACCCAACUGCGAGGGGGUGGAGAUGGGCGAAAGAAAAGAAAAAGGUGUGGGACCUGUGAGCCCUGCCGGCGGCUGGAAAACUGUGGGUCUUGCACUAGCUGCACCAAUCGCCGCACGCACCAGAUCUGCAAACUUCGCAAGUGUGAGGUGCUGAAGAAAAAAGUGGGGCUUCUUAAAGAGGUGGAAAUAAAGGCUGGUGAAGGAGCAGGGCCUUGGGCACAAGGGGCGACUGUCAAGACAGGCUCAGAGCUCAGCCCAGUUGAUGGACCUGUUCCAGGUCAGAUGGACUCAGGGCCAGUGUACCAUGGAGAUUCAAGGCAGCUAAACACCUCAGGGGCGCCGGUCAAUGGUGCUAGAGAGCCCGCCGGACCCAGUCUGCUGGGAGCUGCAGGUCCUUGGCGGGUAGACCACAAGCCCGACUGGGACGCUGCCUCAGGCUCUGCUCACACUGCUCGUUUGGAAGAUGCCCACGAUCUGGUGGCCUUUUCGGCCGUGGCCGAAGCUGUUUCCUCUUAUGGGGCCCUUAGCACCCGGCUCUAUGAAACCUUCAACCGUGAGAUGAGUCGUGAGGCUGGGAACAGCAGGGGCGCCCGACCCGAGAGCUGUUCUGAGGGCAGUGAAGACCUCGACACGCUACAGACAGCCCUGGCCCUUGCGAGGCAUGGCAUGAAACCACCCAACUGCAACUGCGAUGGCCCAGAGUGCCCCGACUACCUCGAGUGGCUGGAGGGGAAGAUCAAGUCUGUGGCCAUGGAGGGAGGGCAGGAACGGCCCCGACUCCCAGGCACUCUGCCUCCUGGUGAGGCUGGCCUCCCAACCCCAAGUACCAGACCACUCCUUAGCUCUGAGGUCCCCCAGGUACCUCCCCUGGAGGGCCUGCCUCUGUCUCAGAGUGCCUUGAGCAUUGCCAAGGAAAAAAACAUCAGCCUGCAGACAGCCAUCGCCAUCGAGGCCCUCACACAGCUCUCCUCUGCCCUCCCUCAGCCUUCCCAUUCCACCUCCCAGGCGUCCUGUCCACUCCCUGAGGCCUUGUCCCCUUCUGCCCCUUUCAGGUCUCCCCAGUCCUACCUCCGGGCCCCCUCAUGGCCUGUGGUUCCCCCAGAGGAACAUCCAUCCUUUGCUCCCGAUAGCCCAGCCUUUCCUCCAGCAACUCCAAGAACCGAGUUUCCCGAAGCAUGGGGUACUGACACCCCUCCAGCAACACCCCGGAACUCCUGGCCUGCGCCCCGCCCGAGCCCUGACCCUAUGGCUGAACUGGAACAGCUAUUGGGCAGUGCCAGUGAUUACAUCCAGUCAGUAUUCAAGCGGCCUGAGGCCCUGCCCACCAAGCCCAAGGUCAAGGUUGAGGUCCCCUCUUCCUCCCCUGCCCCGGCACCAUCCCCUCUUUCCCAGAGGGAGGCUCCCCUGCCCUCCCCAGAGCCCGACGCCCACCAGAAGGCCCAGACGGCGCUGCAGCAGCACCUCCACCAUAAGCGCAGCUUGUUCCUGGAACAGGCCCAUGAUGCCUCCUGCCCUGCUCCCACAGAGCCUCAGGCUCCUGGCUGGUGGGCCCCACCAGGCUCACCGGCCCCACGACCUCCUGACAAACCACCCAAGGAAAAGAAGAAGAAGCCCCCUACCCCAGCUGGAGGUCCUGUGGGAGCUGAGAAAACCACCCCUGGGAUCAAGCCCAGUGUCCGAAAGCCCAUUCAGAUCAAGAAAUCCAGGUCCCGGGACAUGCAGCCUCUCUUCCUGCCUCUCCGGCAGAUUGUUCUGGAAGGGCUAAAAUCCCAAGCCUCAGAAGAUGUGCAGGCACCUCCGCCUGCCCAGCUCCCUGCCCCGCCUCCCGCCUCCCAGGGUGCUGCCUCCCAGAGCGCUGCUGCCCCUCUACCCCCAGAACCUUCUCUUGCGCUAUUUGCACCUAGUCCCUCUGGGGACAGCCUGCUGCCCCCUACUCAGGAAAUGAGGUCCCCCAGCCCUAUGACAGCCCUACAGCCAGGCUCCACCGGUGGCCCCCUUCCUCCUGCUGAUGACAAGCUGGAAGAGCUCAUCCGGCAAUUUGAAGCCGAAUUUGGGGAUAGCUUUGGGCUUCCGGGCCCUCCUUCGGUGCCCAUUCAAGACCCUGAGAACCAAUCAACAUGUCUCCCAGCUCCGGAGAGCCCCUUUGCCACCCGCUCCCCCAAGAAGAUCAAGAUUGAGUCUUCAGGGGCUGUGACUGUGCUCUCUACCACCUGCUUUCAUUCGGAGGAGGGCGGCCAGGAGGCCACGCCCACCAAGGCCGAGAACCCACUCACACCCACCCUCAGUGGCUUCUUGGAAUCGCCUCUGAAAUACCUGGACACGCCCACCAAGAGUCUUCUGGACACGCCUGCCAAGAGGGCCCAGGCUGAAUUUCCCACCUGCGAUUGUGUCGAACAAAUAGUGGAGAAAGAUGAAGGCCCAUAUUACACUCACCUGGGAUCUGGCCCCACAGUAGCCUCUAUCCGGGAACUCAUGGAGGAGCGGUAUGGAGAAAAGGGGAAAGCUAUCCGGAUCGAGAAGGUCAUCUACACAGGGAAGGAGGGGAAGAGCUCUCGAGGUUGUCCCAUUGCCAAGUGGGUGAUCCGAAGACACACACUGGAGGAGAAGCUGCUGUGCCUGGUGCGGCAUCGGGCAGGCCACCAUUGUCAGAACGCCGUGAUUAUCAUCUUGAUCCUGGCCUGGGAGGGCAUCCCUCGCAGCCUUGGAGACACCCUCUACCAGGAGCUCACCGAUACCCUCCGGAAGUAUGGGAACCCUACCAGCCGGAGAUGUGGCCUCAAUGAUGACCGGACCUGCGCUUGCCAAGGCAAAGACCCCAACACCUGUGGUGCCUCCUUCUCCUUCGGUUGUUCCUGGAGCAUGUACUUCAAUGGCUGCAAAUACGCUCGGAGCAAGACGCCACGCAAGUUCCGCCUCACAGGGGACAAUCCCAAGGAGGAGGAAGUGCUCCGGAACAGCUUCCAGGACUUGGCCACUGAAGUUGCUCCCCUGUACAAGCGGCUUGCCCCCCAGGCCUAUCAGAAUCAGGUGACCAAUGAGGAAGUGGCAAUCGACUGCCGUCUGGGGCUGAAGGAAGGGCGACCCUUCUCAGGGGUCACAGCCUGCAUGGACUUCUGUGCCCACGCCCACAAGGACCAACAUAACCUCUACAAUGGGUGCACAGUGGUCUGCACCCUGACCAAGGAAGACAAUCGCUGUGUGGGCCAGGUCCCCGAGGAUGAGCAACUGCAUGUACUACCCCUCUACAAGAUGGCCAGCACGGAUGAGUUUGGUAGUGAGGAGAACCAGAAUGCAAAGGUGAGCAGCGGGGCCAUCCAGGUGCUCACCGCAUUCCCUAGAGAGGUCCGGCGUCUGCCUGAGCCUGCCAAGUCUUGCCGCCAGCGGCAGCUAGAAGCCAGGAAGGCAGCAGCCGAGAAGAAAAAACUGCAGAAGGAGAAGCUGAGCACACCAGAGAAGAUCAAGCAGGAGGCUCUGGAGUUGGCUGGCGUCACCACUGACCCAGGCAUGUCUCUGAAAGGCGGAUUAUCACAGCAAAGCCUGAAGCCCUCCAUCAAAGUGGAGCCUCAAAACCACUUCAGCUCCUUCAAGUACAGUGGCAAUGCAGUGGUGGAGAGCUACUCGGUGCUAGGCAGCUGCCGGCCCUCCGACCCCUACAGCAUGAGCAGUGUGUAUUCCUAUCACUCUCGCUAUGCACAGCCGGGCCUGGCCUCCGUCAACGGCUUCCACUCCAAGUAUACACUUCCCUCCUUUGGCUACUAUGGCUUUCCAUCUAGCAACCCUGUCUUCCCCUCCCAGUUCCUAGGCCCCAGUACCUGGGGACAUGGGGGCAGUGGGAGCAGUUUUGAGAAGAAGCCAGACCUCCACGCUCUACACAACAGCCUGAACCCGGCCUACGGUGGUGCUGAGUUUGCCGAGCUGCCUGGCCAGGCUGUUUCCACAGAUACCCACCACCCCACCCCUCACCACCAGCAGCCUGCUUACCCAGGCCCCAAGGAAUAUCUGCUACCCAAGGUCCCCCAGCUCCACCCAGCAUCCAGGGAUCCCUCUCCCUUUGCUCAGAGCUCCAGUUGCUACAACAGAUCCAUCAAGCAAGAGCCAGUAGACCCUCUGACCCAGGCUGAGUCUGUGCCCAGAGACUCUGGUAAGAUGGGCAGAACACCCUUGCCCGAGGCAUCUCAGAAUGGGGGACCCAGUCAUCUGUGGGGACAGUACUCAGGAGGCCCAAGCAUGUCCCCCAAGAGGACUAACAGUGUGGGAGGCAACUGGGGAGUGUUCCCUUCUGGGGAAAGCCCCGCCAUUGUUCCAGACAAGCUCAAUUCUUUUGGGGCCAGCUGUCUGCCCCCUUCACACUUCCCAGACAGCCAGUGGGGACUGUUCACUGGCGAAGGCCAGCAGUCGGCCCAUCCUGGAGAACGGCUUCGAGGCAAACCCUGGAGCCCCUGCAAGUUUGGGAACAGCACUUCGGCCUUGACUGGUUCCAGCCUGACUGAGAAGCCGUGGGGGGUUGGAGCAGGGGAUUUCAGCUCUGCCCUGAAAGGUGGUCCUGGGUUCCAAGACAAGAUGUGGAGUCCUGUGAAAGUCGAGGAGGGAAGGAUCCCCACACCCGGGGCCAGCCAGCUGGACAAAGCCUGGCAGGCCUUUGGCAUGCCCUUGGGCGCCAGUGAGAAGCUAUUUGGGGCCCUGAAGUCGGAGGAGAAGCUAUGGGAUCCAUUCAGCCUGGAGGAGGGGACAGCUGAAGAGCCCCCAAGCAAGGGGGUAAAGGAAGAGAAGAGUGGGCCAGGAGUGGAAGAGGAAGAGGAGGAGCUGUGGUCAGACAGUGAACACAACUUCCUGGAUGAGAACAUUGGCGGAGUGGCUGUGGCCCCUGCCCACUGCUCCAUCCUCAUCGAGUGUGCCCGGCGAGAGCUUCAUGCCACCACACCACUCAAGAAACCCAACCGCUGCCACCCCACCCGCAUCUCGCUGGUCUUCUACCAGCACAAGAACCUCAACCAGCCCAACCACGGGCUGGCGCUCUGGGAGGCCAAGAUGAAGCAGCUGGCCGAGCGGGCAAGGCAGCGGCAAGAGGAGGCUGCGCGCCUCGGCCUGGGCCAGCAGGAGGCCAAGCUCUAUGGGAAGAAGCGCAAAUGGGGGGGUGCUAUGGUGGCUGAGCCCCAGCACAAAGAAAAGAAGGGGGCUGUCCCCACCCGGCAGGCGCUGGCCAUGCCCACAGACUCAGCGGUCACCGUGUCCUCUUACGCCUACACAAAGGUCACUGGCCCCUACAGCCGCUGGAUCUAGGUGCCAGGAGCCAGCGUACCUCAGCGUCGGGCCCGGCCCGAGCUGCCUCUGUGGUGCUUUUGCCCUCAUGCCCGGGGGCGGGUUGGGGGUGCAGAAGUCUCUCUAUAUCUACAUAUAUGGAUAUGCCUAUCAUAUAUAUGUAUUUAUGGUCCAAACCUCAGAACUGACCCGCCCCUCCCUCCCCUACUUCCCCAGCACUUUGAAGAAGAAACUACGGCUGUCGGGUGAUUUUUUUUUUCAUGAUCUUAAUAUUUAUAUCUCCACAUUGUUUUUAUUUUUCCCCUUGUUUUGAGGGGCUUUUAAUUUCUCUUUGUUUUUAAAACUUUAUCCUUGUAUAUCACAAUAAUGGAAAGAAAGUUUAUAGUGUCCUUUCACAAAGGAGCGUAGUUUUAAAUUCCAUUUAAAAUGUAUAUUUAUUGGGUUUUUUUUUUUUUUUUAAAGCGACAAUAGUAAUGGUUACAGAUGGGCAGGAAAGGCCAUCAGUGCUUCCUGCCGGGCGAGCCCAGUCUCCUGGGAGCUGCAGGUUCUCCCAGCUAUCUGCCCCCCACAAACCAAGGUUAGCAUGUAGCCCUGGUCUAUCCCUCCUUCCCACAGGCCGGGGAGCCUUUGGGACCACCCCGUUCCCCUCUGUGGAAUGGGAGAAGCUGUAGACAUCUGGGGGCCCGGCCUGGAGAUGCUGGUGUUUGAUGUCCCCAGAAACCAGGUUGGAAGUAGACAGCUUCAAGCUUGCUAGUCUCCACACUGAAUCCUCUCUGUCCGUUAUUUAUCAAGUCAUAUGAUGUCCUGGUUCGCUAGGCAGCACCUCACGCUGGAGCAGGAGUCGGGAGGCUCCUAGGAGCCCUUCCCAUCUCAUUGGUAAAGCCAGUGAGUACCGGGCUGAAGGAGGCUUAGUGGCAGUUUCUUUACAAAAUCGCCCCAAAGUUUGUCAAUACUGAAAAAGGGCUACUGUAUCUUUGAAAACAAGAAGUUGAACCCAAGCUGUGAAGAGCCAGCGUGCUGUAUGGUGCUGUAUGGCGCUGUGUGGUGCUGUGCAGUGUCGUGCGGUGCUGUAUGGUGCGGUGCUGUGUGGUGCUGUAUGGUGCUGUGUGGUGCGGUGCUGUACGGUGCUGUACGGUGCUGUAUGGUGCAGUGCUGUAUGGUGCUGGAGCCUGGUGCUGUACGGUGCUGUGCAGUGCUGUGUGGUGCUGUACAGUGCUGUGUGGUGCAGUGCUGUAUGGUGCUGGAGCCUGGUGCUGUGCAGUGCUGUGUGGUGCUGUGUGGUGCUGUACAGUGCUGUGUGGUGCAGUGCUGUAUGGUGUGGUGCUGUGCGGUGCUGUACAGUGCUGUAUGGUGCGGUGCUGUGCAGUGCUGUGCGGUGCUGUGUGGUGCUGUACAGUGUGGUGCGGUGCCAUGUAGUGCUGUACAGUGUGGUGCGGUGCUGUGUGGUGCUGUGCGGUGCCGUGUGGUGCUGAGCCUGGUGCUGUAGUAUUGUGCUGGGACUUUUCUGACUCUCAGGGCAGGUGGCAUCCUGCCAGAGCUCAGCAAGCCAGUGUGAUGGCAGGUCACUCAUCGUCCUUAUUCCUGGAUCUUCACAUGGGACAAUGGUGCAGUCCUCCCAGCCCUCGCAGGGCAUGGCCUACACUUCAUUUAAAGUGCAAGGGUCAGGCGUUUUCAACAGGUUGCUAAUGCUUUCCUCCUCUGAGGAGGCCAGUUCUCCAUUGGAUCUUUCUCUCUUCCCUCCUCUUCCACCUCCCAUGUAACACACCCAUUCUAAAAUCCUGGUGCAUUCAUUUGAUCUUUGAAAUGAGAGUGUUGGUGCUUUAAUUUCUGUGAUGUUGUCGAGAGAGGUUGGGCCUGACAGGCGGAAGCGGCGCCGGUCUACAGCGAGUCAGAAUUUAUGGUGUGUUCAUUUUCCGAUGCUGUUAGCCAUGUUACCCAGCUGCUCGUGUGGACGUGUGUGGUGAGCGGGGGGCUUCAUCAGGACACACACAGAGUAGUGACCAAUCCGUGAGACAGCAUUUAUCAAGUACUUCUUCUAGCCAGGUGUGGUCUUCAUAGACGGAGCGUAGCAGUCCCACGACAAUGCUGAAGGCAAGUCCGAGUCCCCUAGCUUCGCGGUGCCUUGUGCCAGAGCUGAGAGCCGAGCGGCUGGGUGUUGACGGUAGCCCUUCGGAAGCACUGGCAGAGAGUGCUAAAAGGUGUCCUGAGCAUUUUUGUGGUCUGGUUUUAACUGUAAAUAGUGAAAGAUUUUUUUAAGCACUUUUGCCUAGAUUUAAACAGCAACUUGAAAAGAAUAAAAAGUACAUUUUAACAUGGAAUUGUGGGAGAAACUGUAAAUAGCAGCUGUGUAUUUAACGUGCUUUGUCAAUCCACCUUUACCAUAUUCUGUAAAGUUGCAAUUAUUUUACAGGACAGAAAAAUGAAAUAUUAUUGCUUUUGAAAUAAAUACCCAAGAGCUUAUCAGGAUUUAGAAUUAUUCAGAAUUCAGAUUUAUAGGAAAGCCUCUGACCUUCUGUUUGACAAGCUAAAGAAGUCAGAGUCUCUAAGGCGCAUGCUAAUUUUCUAGUUUUGAGGGAAGUUGGGUCCUUUAAAUGCUAUUUUGCUUAAAUCGCAUCAGUGCUUUUACGCAGGUCUCAUCUGACUCCGUGCUUAGGUAGAUGCGGGGGUGCCUUGAAAAACUUCAUUUUAAAUAAUCUUAAAUAUGAUAUUUUACAAAGCAUUUGGAGAAUGUGACCGUGUAUACGGCCCGUGGAAGCCCCAGGUUGGCUGUUGGCUUGCAAGGUCCCAAGUGUGGUCCAGGUGAUUCUGAUGUCGGCAGUGUGUGAAUCUCUCUGACGUGUAUUCAGUAUGCUCCAACCCUCCUCACCCUUUGGUAGCAAAGCCAUUAGAUGAAUGGAGAAACCAGUACAAGCUAAAAAGCAUGUGACAUCCACCCCCCAAGCCUGCACAGCCUUGUCAUAAGGUCUAGGCCAGGACACAGGCUGCUGUGAGGUGAGGCAAAGGCGUUCUGUGUCGGCCUUUCGGGUCAUGGCGAGCGCUGUUUCAGGGCUCGGUGCUGUGGCUGUGCUUGAGCCCAUGCUGACUUUCACACACUACAUGUAUAACCUACCUCAAAUCUGUCGUUGAAAUGAGCAUGCUUUAGACGUGUAUUUAAGACGUAACUAUGCACAGUUCUAUAUCCCCCACCCCUUGCUGCUGAAGGCUUCUUAAAGAGAAAAAUCAAAAUUUUUAUUUUUUACUGGCACUAUCAUUUUUUAAGUCCUGAAGAUGAUUGACAAGACAUUUUUAUCAUGAGAAGAAAAAAAUAAAGCCAUUGCAACUCAAGAACCUGACAGCGUGAGCGAGUUUUAAGAGUACCAUUAUAGCAAGGGAGAUGAUGGCAUUGAAGUCCGCUCCCAGUGUGCCCGUCCAUGGCCACAGUCCACAUGCAGCGUUUGGUGUCCCCUCCCCCUUUGUUUUGUUUUGCUUUGUUCUGUUCUCCCUGACUGCUGUGUGCGAGAGGACUUGGGAAGUUCUAUCCCAAGAGAUUUUCCUUUGUAAUAAAAAUCGCUUUGCAGCAGGUUCUCACAGAAUAACUGGUGCUCGCUGGAGAAGCCACCUGUCAGUAGCUCCGCUGAGGGUGGCGCACGGAUUGGAGGGUUCAGUUUGGGGUCUGGAUUUUAGCAGAGCCUACGCACCUGACCCCCAGCCCUCCCUGUGCUGCUUUGUCUCUUCACUGAGGUGGCCCUGGUGCAUGGGAAGGGCUUCUGCCUUCUCUGGGCCUCCUGCUCUUGGGGAAACAGCGGUUUGCAGGGCUAGGGAUUUGGGUGCUAGAUGGAAGAACAGGAGUAGCAGCGCUCUGUGGCUUCAUAGCUAUGGCAGUGGAUGUGUGAGGGCGGUUGACAGUAGCUGAACACCCGUGUCACAGAGCGAGGAGUUCCUGACUGCCUCGAGGUGUCAAAGCAAGGCCGAGCUGGUGGAACACUGACAUACCCUGAUGUGCCUCAACCAAUCUCCUUCCUUUUGUUACUGAAGUGUGUUUUCUGGAAUUGGAAGCAUUUUUAUGAAUUGAAAUAGUCUAAUAAAUGGUGCUAUGGUGUUUCAAUGUGACUGUCCCUGAUCCUGUCUCCCUGAGGUGCUAUCAACGUUUGAAACCACAACCAACCAAAAACAAGGUGGGCUCCGUCUCUUGGCUUUUCUUUCCUUCUCUUUGGGUGCUGUCUUUGUAGACCUCUGUUUAUUGCGCUGUGUCUGCUCGGAGCAGUGUUCUGGCUUUGUUGGUUUUGCUUGUUUUUGCUUUUUUUUGUUUUUGUUUUGGUUUUUUGUUGUUGUUUCCCUUGGUGGCCAAAGCUAGGCACACAGAGAAAGGAGCUUGCUCCUCCUAAGGACGGCGGUGGCCUGCCUGCCUGGGUGGGCUCUAUGGGUUUGUGCUAUCUUCUCAGGCCAUGUUAGAAAGGGGGUGGUGGCUUUUAGGAAGGAGAGUCAGGGCCCUGCCUCUUCUGGUAUGGCAGGUAUUCUCCUGUGGCCCAGGGUGCUAACCCCAGAGGGGCCAGGCUGAGGUCCAGGGGGAAUGCCUUCACCUGGCCCCAGUGGGGACAGGAUGGGCAAGCCUUUGGUUCUCGCCACUCCCUGAUAGCUCCUGGUGCUGAGACUAAAGGCAGGUGCUUUUAUUGUCCCUUGAUGCCACCACGGCUGCUUUUAGUUGGUGCUAAACUUCUCCUGUGUCCAUAUAAGCUGAUGUAAAUUUUAAGAACUCGACAGGAAGCUCCAUUUUUAUAUCAUUCACUGUCACAAUUUUUUUUAAAAUACCUCAAAAACAGGACAUUGUGACAGCUUAGAUUCCAUGAGGGUAUAUGACACCCGAAGGUUGUCCAUUAAAUGACUUCCUUGACCUUGACACAGCUGAGAUCACUCUCUCUGCUCAUUCUUCAGCAGUUAAAUGGCAGAGUGCCCAAGGGAAGGAGUGUGGUUGGAUUGUUUUCAUACUUUAGUUUUGCUUUUGAAUAAAAUGUGAAUCUAUUUUGCCCAUCUCAUCGCGCUUUCUGUCACGGUUGCUGUCAUUUGAAAACUCCCACACCUGGUUUUAUCUGCUGUCCCUACCAGGCAAGCUUCACCACAUACCCUGGACCAAAAUAACACAUUGGCAGUGCAUAACCCAACCCAGGCUCGCAGCUCCACUUGCGCCCGUCUUCACCGAAGCACUGCCUUCCUGGCAGCGCUGCCCGAGAGGGCAAAGCAAUAGGCUUCUCACCUGAGCAGAGGGAAGCGGCAUAGAAGCCGGGCUCUGGACUGUGUGCCUAAGGAUCAGUGAGCUGUUUGGCCUGCUCCUCGUUUGCUUCUGUUCUGAUAUCAGGGAUGCUUUCUGUAGGGUGUCGUUCAUGCUCUCCUCGCUCUGACUGCCCAUCAUUCAGGGGGAACCCUCACUCUUCAUAUGGGGACUUCAGAUACUAAUUGGCUCAUCUGGACAUCCCAAAUUUUCUUGAUUCCGAUGCAGGUUUGUUUGUUUGUUUGUUUUCUUUUGAGGGGGGAAGACAGACAGGAGUGGUGUCAUUUCUUUUCUUGUGUUUAAAGAAGCAAGGACCGGCUAUCUCAGCAUUCUAAUGCUUUAGACUUGAUCUAGAACCCUUGUAGCUUUUGGAUGUGUUUUAUUUCUUAUCUCUUUGAAUUCCUGUUUGGUUACCUGGCUUCCAAUGGAGGUGAACUUAACAACCAUACUUGAAUAUUCCGUCUUGACUUUGUAAACUGUGGCUACUUGAAAUGAAGUUUAUCUGGGGUUGAUGGAUGAAUGGUAGGUUUUUGCAAUGUCUCAAGGCAAUAGGAUGUGUAUUAUUAAACUGUAGAUAUCUUAGUACAGUAAAUUUAUGCUGAUAAUUUUAUUUUGUAUAAUUUUUACCUUUUUGUUAAUAUUUUCCUUCCACUUUAUUGGUUUGUCUCCUGAGCUACCGCCUUCCUUUCCCUUUCCUUCUCCCCCAGUGUUUCAGUAAAUUUAAUUUAGGGUGCCUAGAAAUUGCAAGUAUGUAUCCUUUUUUGAUUUGUAUUUUAUUAUAAUUUACACAAACAACUGGGUUUGUGAACUGUAUUACUCCUGGCAUCUUUAAAAUAUU